GCAGUGUCGUAUCAGAAUUUGUUUUUUAUUGCAUGUCUAAUUACGAGUUGAUAUUGCCAAAUCAUAAGCAUGGUUCAGAAUUAUAUUUCAUCUAUGGGCAGUGUCUCACAGAGCUUAAACUUGAUCUAACAGUGAUCAGCUGAGAUUGUAAACAAACAACGAGGAGUAGGUUUCAUAUCUCCCAGCUGUUCUUACGUCACUGUCUUGACAGCUGAGGUAUAAAACAAGCAAGAUGGCGCCGUAGGGGAGCAGACAAAGGAGCUGCGUAUUAAACAGAAAAUUUGCGUUAUUCGUGUUUGUCACUGUGUGACUGGAAGAGGAACCUAAGUUAACGUUCUGUCGCUACAUGCUGAAGAAAUGCUCGAACUUGAGUUGGUACCAGAAAGAAGUCUAGGGUGUGAACAAUGGGAAUUUAUUUUAGGAAUGCACUUUUCGCAAGCAGUAGCAAUAAUUCAGUCACAGGUGGGCAUCAUAAAAGGCGUUCAGGUGCUCUACAGUGAUUCGAACCCUUUAGGCGCAGAUCUUAUUAUUAACUUGCCGCAGGAUGGGAUAAGAUUAAUAUUUGACCCAAUUGUUCAGAGACUGAAGAUAAUAGAAAUUUACAACAUGAAACUGGUCAAAGUAAAAUACUGUGGUCUUACGUUCAACUCCCCAGAAGUACUGCCGAGUAUUGAACAAAUCGAGAGGUCUUUUGGAGCUACGCAUCCUGGUGUCCUGGAUACCGAAAAACAGUUGUUUGUUCUGAAUUUUAGGGGCCUUUCAUUUUGUUUUCCUGUUGAAUCAAAAUUCCAGCCAGGUUAUGCACAUGGCCUGGGGUCACUGCAGUUUCCUAAUGGAUCUUCACCAGUGGUCUCUCGGACAUCAGUGUACAGUGGUAGCAGUCUGAGUGAAUGUCGCACACCGCAGUUACCACUAUGUUGCUACCAUAACCACCUGUAUCUGGAACGUGCAGAGGUUAUUCGGGAGAGACUAACUACAUGUGGCCUUCGUUUGCAUCUCUUCACUGAAGGUUCAUCUCGUAUGCUUGAACCAAGGAAGCAGAAUCUUAGCAGGGAAGUAAUGUUUGGUGAUACAUGCCAAGACGUUGCCACGGCUAUUGGUGCACCAUCACGAGUUUUUUAUAAGUCUGAGGAUAAAAUGAAGAUACACAGUCCAAAUGCACACCGCCGCAUUACUGCCCGACGUUCAGAUUUCUUCUACAAUUAUUUCACCUUGGGGAUAGACAUUUUGUUUGAUGCUAAGACUCAAAAAGUAAAGAAGUUUGUUCUCCAUACCAACUUUCCUGGUCACUACAACUUCAAUAUGUAUCAUCGCUGUGAAUUUCAUCUGACAUUGCCACCAGAUUCAAGGCAUGGGUCUGAAGGAAGCAGGCAGCUAAUAGACGUGUCUCCAAUCCCAGUAACGAUAUCUGCGUACACUAAAUGGGACACAAUAUCAGAGCAGCUUAAACCAAGUGAGCGACCUGUGGUUCUGAACAGGGCAAGUUCAACAAACACGACCAAUCCUUUUGGCUCAACAUUUUGCUACGGGUACCAGGACAUCAUCUUUGAGGUCAUGCCUAAUAACUACAUUGCAUCUGUUACCCUGUAUGCUGCUGAGAAGCAGAUGCCUGAGGUAUGACAAUGGCUUUCUGCCACCUACCUCGUGUUGCAGGGAAGGUACUGGCAGUUCUGACACCUUAUCAUGUUUUAAAUAGAAAAUAAAAGGAAACUGGAAGUCAUAUCAUGUUUCUGCUAUUAAGGGAUUGUCUAUGCAGUGAAAGCAAGAUGCCAAAUACUUUGCUGUAAAAUACAAACAUAUGCAUUUUUUUAAAGGAAGAGCUAAAUUAUCAUCAAGAGAUACAUGAAGAAUAUAAAAGUAUAUGCACCUUAUGUGGAUCAAUAUGUUCAUAAUGACAAUAAGUUUUUGCCAGUGAUAGGGGUAUUAGUUCAGACUGUUAUUAUUUAUCAUGCAUGCCUCCUUUCCCUAGUAUAGCACAGAUUGUGAGUACAUUUUCAUGUGAACAAUGACUCAUGCAGAAACGGCUGAGACUGAGCUAAAAUGGGGAAGGUUAAAAUUCUUUGUUGUAAUGUUGCUGUAACUGUGAUAGAGGUAUUAGAUGGAUGAUUCAGUUUUGUCAGGAACUUGUUGAGGCCUUGUACUUCACAUUGUAUAAAUCCUGAUAAAAAUUUUUGCUCUCCACAUUACUCAGCAAAAAGAAAUCUAGGUUACUGAAAGUUGUUGUUGUUUCUGUUUCCUUUAAACAAAACAGAUUUUGCAGUUGUAUUAAUUGUAUACACUGCAAGAUUGAAAACUUAAUAAGCUAUUAAGAUGAAUUGUGUCAUAUCUUGUUGCAGAGAGUUCUGGCAGUAACAUGACUCACAUUAUUUAUCAAUAAAGUUUGUGAUAGUGAGAUUCCCGUUAUUUUUGGCUCUGAAAUACACAGUCACAGAUUUUCUAUUAUAAUUUUUAUACUUGUUGCUACUUGAUUUAUCUGUAAAUGCCCUACUUCAGUGUGAAGUAAUUUUUCUCCAUGUCCUUGAUUGGUCGCAGUCACUGGUGACAGCAGUGGUGCACUCGUUUCUGGUGUUGCCAUUGCCACCUAACUGAAGUAAGUAAUUUAGGCCGUACUAAAGGUAUUUUGGCAUUUUGUUCAAUAAUUUUUUACAAUGUCCUUCUCUUUUCUUUCUCGUCAUUUCUUGCCCUUUUCAAUGUUUUCUCAAAUGAGAUGCAGAUCGCUUACCACACAUUUCUUUCCUGGAAUUUACUCAAGUACUUUGUUGUUUCAGUCCCACAUUAGUUUUCUGUUUGAUUGUAGGUCUUUUCUCAAAAAUCUGAAAUUUGUUGUAUGCUGCAGUCCAUGAUUAGAGCUGUGCUCGUGUUGUGUGUUGAUAAACAUGUCCUGGAUACUAAACCUUUGCAUUUUGUGGUUUUCAGGGCUUACCUUACAGUUUAAGUUUACCUAUUUCUUCCAAAUGGAAGAGCUUGAUGUGUAAAAAAUUGUGUUGCUUUUUUGUUUACACCUUCACAAAUCAGUAAAUCAUACUAGAGGUCAAACAUUAUUCUGUCUUCAAUGGAGAAGCCAAAUACUCUAGAAUUUUGUUAUUGUAAGGUUGGGUGUGAAAUUCUUAAGCUUAGAUAACAUUACUUAUAAUUUUGUACAUAACUACAAAUUCUGUGCCCAGUUUUAGAUGUUUGUUUGCUUUUUGUGUGAAGUCUCAUUUAAUGUAAGUGUAUGAAGAUAGUAGUAGUUUAAAAGACAAGAGUAUGGUGGUGAGUGCUAUCUGUAUGAUUGUUAUAGCCUGUUGUGAAUGACAUUUAGUACAAAUUUGGAGUAACAUAUUUACUGAAUUUCUGACACUUUACAAAGCUGAGACUAUAUUCAGGGGUUUCUGAUACGCUAGGUGCAAAUAUUGUAUUAUUGUACUUAGUAUGUUAAUAAAGCUUUUGUCAGCAAGUAGAAGGCAUAAGUGAAUGAUAUUUGGCAGUUUGGAUCACUUAUAGACAGUCCCUGUGAGAUGAUUGAACACAGCAUGGAUCUUAUAUUGUGAAUUCGAAUGUCAUGUUUCAUUACAGUGUUACAAAAACAAAUUGUGAAUAAUGUCGGAACUUUCCUGUAAAAAUGAAAAGUAUAAAAAAAAGAUUAAAAGACAAAGAUAUGAAAAAAAUUAAAACUAAAAGUAUUAAAAACUUUAUAUUAAUCUCUUUUUCAUACUUUUUGAGUUGGUUUGUUUAAAAAACCAAGGUAAGGCAUAAAAAAAUGACCUAAAUUAUUUUAGGUAAUAUGCUCCAUGUCUGUUACCAACAGAAAAGAAGCAUAUUGAUCAUUGGUAUACCCACAUGAUUAAACAGUUAUAUGUAUCUGUAUGUAACUAUUUGUGGCUUUAGUCAUACAAAUUAAGGCAGUUGUUACAUUAUUUCAAUCUGUGAUGUUAUUUAAUGGCUUUAUUAAAGCACCAGACUAUUAUAUAAUGGAAAUUGAACUCCUGUACACAAGUUCAGGUAUUUUUAAUGUGUGGCAUUAUUUAAAUUGUCAUUAUGCAUCUUCACUGUGAGAUUUUCUAUACUUCAUUUUGUACACAGCCAUUUCCUUCAAAUCCUUUUCUAUAAGUCGAUGAUGUUCCCUGGUUAUAUUAUUGUAAACAUCUGGGAUUUUGGAAAUAAUUUUGUGUGAUUUUAUGAUGAACACUUUGUGUACCAUUCUUAAUAAUUGUAUAGGUUUUCCCACUUUGACCGAUAAUUCCAUGGUGGGAUUAAAAAAGAAAAAAAGCUUUGUUUCUGUAGUGUCAGUUUGCAGCCAUCCAUAAUGUGAAAAUACUGUUAUUUGUUACAGUCUUUGUUCUCUUAUUCCGAAAACAAGUCACUUGAAAGCCUAUACCUGCAAGCUUAUUUCUGAAUUACGAGGUUAAAUUUCAUUAACAUCAGUCACAGUUCAAAGCUGAUUCCACUUCAUUAAAUACCAUUUCACUGCCGAGUAAGAAGUUGACAAACGGAUUUUAAUUUAGUUCAGACAAUCUUCAGUUUUUAAAGUGUUGUCUUAUUUCUUACAUUAAAGCUGGUUCUUUCAUUAUCAGUUUUGUCUUUAGAAUUGACUGGCUGAUUCAGCAAUAUUAAGGAAUAUUUAUGUAAAAUAUAUUAUUUCUGUUAUCUCAUAGGUUAAAAAUGUUUUAAUGCCAUAAGUGACUAGGAUAUCGUGGCAAGAUAAAUGGUUGCUUUGAUAGUUUACACGUGGAGUGCCUGACAAACCAACUAAGGUUUGACAGUCACAGACAGCAUGUGUGCUCAUUGUAAUAUAUUAACCCCUAUUUAUUAGUUGCCAGUUGGCAGUUAUAUAAUGUAGUAGUGCAUGAGAUUGAUGUUUCAUAUGUAACUGGAAAUUUUUUGCUUAGCAUUUCUUACAGCGUGUUCACAUAGUGAAAUCACCUUUCUCAUUUCACACCAAAUAAAAAAUUUACCUUGUGCAUGUAUUAUUCAACAGUGCCGUCAGUGUUUCUUAAGAUACUACAUAAAAUGCCAUUCACAGACCACUGUUUUCUCCUAUUUUAAGAAAUAUGUCCUAAUUUUUUUUUUACUUUAUCAAAUCCAUAAAUAAUAAUAGAUGAAGUUACAAUUCUCUGUUUUUGAUCUUUGUCACAGUGACUGCAGUUACAAUCCGUGCCUUACAAAUGUAAGAUAUAAUUACUAUAGAUUUUGUUUAGUGCAUUUAAUCUGCGGCGAUGGUGUUUAUAUCGUAAGUCACUGGAGCAGGAAAGUGAAAAGUGCCUAGAUGACUAUUGUUUCUAGUGUUCAUCAUUUCUCUAUCAGUCAUUUGUUGCCUUUAUACACUGCCAAGUUUCCAGAUCCCUUUUUUUUUUUUUUACAGUAUAAUUUUCUGUAUCUGCAAGACAUCAGGUUGGGAUACAUGAACUUCAAAUUCUUGGCAAGUGUUUCAUAAUCUUUUCCAUUUGGAAUUCUUGUUUCAUAACUUUCUCCAUCUGCAAUUCUGUUUGACCAUACAUGUUCACAGCAACAGAUGUUGGGUAGUGCAUUCAGAGUAACAUAUCAUUUGUGCCUGAUUUUCUGUUUGCUAACAGCUCUUGACUUCAUGUUUGUAUCAAUAUUAUAUAUAUUAUGUGUUGAGCAAAUUUCAACUAGAUAACUCAAGAAGACUAGAAUGCUAGAAAUAAUCUUCAGUAUUUUCUGAAGGGUCAUCAUUCUCACAAAUGCUGGUUAUGCUGAAACUGUACACAUUUUUCAUUUGAGCUUCUUAUGAUGUUUGUGUUCUCUGUCUGUGGCCCUCUUACCAAAAUGAAGAAUUACCACUUUCACCUUAUUCUUCAUUUUAAAAAUAUGUUUUGAAAUGCAAUAAGUAGCUGUAUUGAUGGAGCCCAUUUUUUAAUAGAGCUAAAAGCAAUGUCAUACCACCUGAACAGUCUUAAUUUACUUAAUAAUGUAUGUGUUUCUUCCCCUUCUUUCUUUGAAGUAAUGCCUGGUUACACUACGUUAGUUGUCGUUACACAAAUGUUUUUCAAUUUAUUUGAAGGUAUUAUUGACUGAUUGACAACAUCACUUGUAGAUUAUGUGAUAAUAGACAGUGAUAAAAUCAUUCUUUGUAUUUGAUGGCAUCUUUGUUCCAGUGACUUGCACAAAACAUAAAAACCUCAGAUUCAUUACUUUGUUCAGAAUGACUCCCAACUGUAGAAUUUUUAAAAACAGAUUAGUUAAAUAUGAAGUGGGAUACAGACCACAGUGUGUGUAAAUACUCUUAAUUAAAUUUUAGGAGCUAGGGUAGGUAACAUAUUUAACAUAAUCACUUGUAUUGUUAAUGCUAAAUUUGCUCAUUUACAAUCAGAGUUAAAACUUUUCAAUUAAAAACUUUUGUCAUAUACUCAUUAAAGAGCACAGUGAUUGUUUUGCAUCAUUAUGGAAGUACAGAUAUUGCUGUUUUUACUGUGAUCUAGUCUACAAAUUGUAGUUACCAGUGUUCACUUCCACAAUUCAAAAUAUGAAAAGAUACUAUUCACUUAUAUACUGAAAAAUCAACUUGCUUUAUUCCGGUCGCCCAUAUUCUUUAGUAUAGUGUGUGCACAGUAUUGGGCACAGUUCAUUUAUCAGUCCCAUGCUGAAUUCUGUUUACAUAUGUAGUUGUUAAUGUGGUGCAACUUUUGUAAUUUUUUUUUGUGUGUGUGUAUGUGUGUGUGUGUGUGUGUGUGUGUAUGUGUGUACGUGUGUAUGUGUGUACGUGUGUAUGUGUGUACGUGUGUAUGUAUGUGUGUGUGUGUGUGUGUGUGUGUGUGUGUGUGUGUGUGUGUGUGUGUAUUCUGUGGUAAUAUUUCUUCCUUUUACUUAAUUUUCAGUUUGUGAAUCACCACAUUACCAUCUGCACUUGAGGUAGACACCAUAUAAUAAGAAUUAUCCUGCUGUGAACUGCUGUAGAAAAUGCUGAUAUUGUGUGAAUGAAUGUGUUACUUGAUGUGUUACGAAAGACACCUACCCUAUUGAGAAAAACAGUGGAAACAUUUAGUUAGAAGUGCCCUCCGAUUGAUUAAUUCUAAAAAUUACCAAGAUUGCUACUUAAGGAGCUAUCUAUCUCCAGUAUUGUUGAUUAUGUUCGUGAUGCAGGACAUUGUUGCAUCAUUUCCUUUUUUAUUGUGAUAUGGACUCAGUACAUUUUGUGAAUUGUGUGCGCAUUGUGAUUUUUGUGUUGUAUGGGACCAUAAUUUCAGCUAACCAAAGUUACUAUUGGAUGUCAGUGAAUGUAGUAAGAAUAAAUAAUUUGUUGAAGUGUUACUGUAAUAUGAAUUUGAUGUUGUUGAGUAAAUUACAUUGCUAUACAGAAAGAAUGUGUAUGACAUGGAAUAUACCACAUCGAGGUUUCACAGAAUGAAGUUCUCUUCACUGGGUUUUCAUCACCACUAUAAGAAUGUAUCACUGUGUGAAAGUUUGGGAAUACAGCGAAUCAUAUAGGUUUUUAAAAUUACCUACAACUGAGGCAUACGGGUCUGUGAUUUUGUAGAAUGAACUGAGAUGAAGAGUGGUUAUAAUUGAAAAGUGAUUCACUGCAUUCCUAAUUCUUUUCUUAUAUUUAUUAAUUAUGGCUUGUAGUAGCCUGUUUGUAUACUGCUUGAAAGUCUUAAUAUUAAAAAUCAGUGCAUACAGUGCACAAUGCUUAUCCAUGAAAGUGGUAAAGGCAUUUGCCUGUUGACUUGUGCUAGCUGUAGUUUGUAUAAGAGGAUGCCAGUAUGCUGUUUUUAUUGUAACAAUAAAUUUGACACUGUUUUUAAAAAGUGUGGAUCUCAGUAGAUAAGUAUUGUAUUUAAGUACACUGUAAAGAAGUAACCAAUUUCAUCAUCCCCUCUCAUCCCUUCCUUCCUUCCCCCCCCCCCCCCCCCCCUCUCUCUCUCUCUCUCUCUCUCUCUCUCUCUCUCUCUCUCUCUCUCUCUCUCUGUGUGUGUGUGUGUGUGUGUGUGUGUGUGUGUGUGUGUGUGUGUGUGUGUGUGUGUGUGUGUGUGUGUGCGCGCACAUACCUAAUAUGCGCAUAUAGUGUUGUCUCUUAGUGGCAAGAGAGUGAUCAUACUAAGAAAUGCUUUGCUAUCUAACCAGAGUGAAACAUCGGAGGUUUCAUUUCAGAUACAGAGAAAAAAGACUUGUGUGGAACAAAUUAGUUGUAAUAAUGUGUGCUGUAAAUCUUCAUUUAUCAGAAAAAAUUGAAGAUGUAAAUAUAUUUUGUUUGGAACCUGAGGACAAAAAUUGUAAAUGAAAAUGCCUGAAUGUUUUCAUCUGUAUAUAUGUUGUUUUUUAUAGUAUCCACAGUUUGUUGACUGUAUUUGUUAAUAAUGUUUGCAUUUCAACAUCAGCUACAGAAACAUACAUUUCAAUUUUGUGAUUUACGGAUUGCAGUUCUGACAUGUUUAUUGCUGUGUGUAAAUACAAUUUUUUUAAAAAAAUAAUUAAAUGAAAAAGUUGUGUAUA